ACGCAAUCUCUGAAUGCCUCACAGACACACACAGGUACAAACAAGGACGCAGCCCUUUUAUUUGUUAUCGUAGUUUAGGCAGAAAUCGAGUGUCACCAUGCUGUGUGGAGGUGUUAACCCUGAGAUGCCUGCAGAUAAAAAUAUCCAGGAGAUCUGUGACAAAAUGAAGAGUUAUGUUGAGAACCACGCAGGGAAGAAGUACAGCGUGUUCAAAGCCAAGACCUACAGAACACAGCCUGUGGCUGGGACCAAUUACUUCGUUAAGGUCCAUGUGGGAGGAGAAGAAUAUGUUCACCUCCAAAUAUUUGAACCACUGACAUGUAAUGGUGGAGAAAUCACUCUAUCCAAAGUUGAACUUACCAAAACACGCAAUGACCCAAUUUAAUUAACCAAUGAGAUCUCACCACAUUGACUAUUGUCAUUGCUACUGAAUCCACUGUCUAUGUAGACAUCUGUGAGUGAUUAUGUGGCUUAAAUAAAUAAACGGAGAUGUCAUUCAA